AUGGCCUCCGUCGCCUCCCUCGCCGCCUCCGCGUCCGCCGCGGUGACCGGCCGCGCGCUCACGUCGCGCCGCGCGGCCGCGCGCGCGAGCGCGCGAACCGUCGUCCGCGCGGCCGACGUCCUCCCCGCGGACGGCCGCACGCUCGACCGCAGCGGCGUGCCGAACGACCCCGCGAACGAGGGCCUGUACGACGUCACGCUCCCGAAGCCGGUCGGCGUGAAGUUCGCGCGCGGGAACGACGGCGGCGCGUACGUCGUCUCCAUUCCCCCGGAGCCGAUGUACGACUGCUUCGCGAUCGGCGACAAGGUCACGAAGGUCUCCGCGAGCUUCGGCGACGAGAUCUGGGACGCGGACUCGUACGGACAGAUCAUCUACGCGAUGAAGAACAGGAACGGCGACAUUUACCUCCAGCUCAGACAGAUGAACGGCGACCUGUCCGCGCUCGAGCAGAACGAGAAGAGCAGCGGGUUCAAGAACGAGCGCGCGGGGGGUAACUACGGCGCCGGGACGAAGGAGCAACAGAUGCAAAACUACUCCAAGAAGAAGGAGCUCGAGGUGCAGCGACUCGACAUGUUCGACGAGGCCAUCGCGCUGUACAACAAGAGCGACUUCGACAGCGCGCUCAUCAUCUUCGAAGAGGUCGCCGCGCUCGAGCCGAAGAAUUACAUGUCGGAUAACUUCGAGACCGCGACGGAGAUUUACCGCGUCUCGCAGUACAACAUCGCGUGCUGCUUCAGCAAGCUCGGACAGCUGGACAACUCGCUCAAGGCGCUUCGGCAGUGCAUGGGCGCGGGGUGGAAGGACUUCAAGAAGAUUCGCACCGACCCGUCCUUGAGCGCGGUGCAGGCGGCGCCGGGGUUUAAGGAGCUCAUGGACAAGUUCGACGAGCCGCUCAUCAACGAGAACGCGAUCAAGUUCGUGAAGGGGCUCUUCGGCGGGAAGUGA